CAUCACCACCCUCACCCACAUUCACUUCUCUCGGCCUCCAUUUUUCCCUCCUCUUCAGCCAACCAUCUCACUCUCACACACGAGUUCGCCCAACCGCAAAUUCAUCCCAUCCUUCGCGGCACACCCCCUGCGAGACAAAAAGGGCCCGCCGCUGGCUGCCCGCAGUGUCCAGUGUCCACCCGAUUCGACCCAAGCCGAGCUCGAUCCUCGCCCUGGUCAGGGUGUCCUUAGCUGCUAGUAUCUUUCCUCCUACAUCCUGUCAAACUUGCAUCUCUUCCUGUUCCAGCCCCGUCACCACUCUGAGGCACGCACUCGCUUCUGCCAACAUCUUCGACCUUGACCCAAAUCUCCCUCACGUUCGCUAUUCUCCUCGAUCUCAACUGUAAACAGUCUGCACGACGACUUUGACGGCCCUUUGUUCACCUUGACGAUCGACCACCGAGACCAUCGUUUGAAAAUCUCCUGUUGCUCAGGAGAGUCUGCCGCUCGUUCCCCAACCCGGUGUCCCACUCCUCCGCCAACCUCGCCGGAUUCCAGAAUCGAUGACACAAUCGACCAGCACCUGCGAAUAAACCUCCAAACUACAUCCUACAUACUCAUCUCAGUCCAGAACAAUCACCAAACGAACAGUCCAUAGUAGACUCCUGACGUUGCCGUCGCCACUGGUUGGCGCUCGAUCCUGCUGCACCGCAGCCCCUUUGCAACAACACGCGUUGGUCGCAAUAACCGACACCGACGGUCAAGAUGCGACCGCAAACCUCAUUUCGCUACCUCCUGUCUCUUCUCGCCGCUCUCUCAUUAUCGUCCCUCGCCUUCGCCGAAGAUGUAAUCGAGUCCAACUCUCUCAACUCGUGUAAGAGCGGUUCCAACUUCACGGCCACGUUGUUUAACGUCGCCUAUACUCCAAAAAACAACAGUAUAACGGUCAACAUCAAUGGUGUCUCGUCGAUUACUGGAAAUGUCACUGCACAAUUGGAAGUCAUUGCCUACGGCUUCACCAUUCUGAAUGAUACAAUCGACCCUUGUGCGGAAGACCUGGCCGGAUUUUGCCCAAUGCAGACUGGCCAGAUCAACAUCGAAACAAAUAUUGAUGUGCCAUCUGAUGUCUCAAAAACAGUGCCAGGUAUUGCAUACAGCGUCCCUGAUCUGGAUGGUGUCGUUCGGGUCUAUGUCACCUCCCUCGAUACAAACCAGGUCAUUGCAUGCAUGGAGGCAGAUUUGUCAAACAGAAAGAGUGUAUACCAGCCAGCCGUCGGUUGGGCCACGGCUGUUAUUGCUGGAAUUGGUCUCGUCGCUGCCGGUGUUACUUCUGGACUUGGACAUCCUAACACGGCUGCUCACGUUGCCGCUAAUGCCGUCUCGCUGUUUGGGUUCUUCCAGGCUCAGGCCAUCAUUGGUAUGACGUCUGUGACUAUGCCUCCGAUUGUCCAGUCAUGGACCCAGAACUUCCAAUGGAGUAUGGGUAUCAUCAGAAUUGGUUUCCUUCAGAACAUCGCCACAUGGUAUCAGCGAGCGACGGGCGGUACUCCUACCACUUAUCUUUCCACCCUCAGCACUAUUUCCGUCCAAGUCCAGAAGCGCGCCGUCAAGCGCUCUCUUCAGUCAAUGGCCGCAGUGGCCUCAUACGCCUCUCGGGGCGCUCGCUAUCUCGCCAAGCGCGCGGACAGCUCCACCACCACUGUUGCUAACACCAAGGUCGUCCGCGGCAUCGAUAGAGUCGGAUUCAGGGCGGGGAUUGAGCAGACCAAUAUCUUCAUGACUGGUCUUAUCUUCUUCAUCUUCGUCCUGUUCAUGACCGCUAUCUUGGUUGCGUUGACUAAGGCCAUUCUGGAUGGUUGCGCCAAGGCUGGUUGGAUGAAAUCAGACAAGUUCUUGGAGUUCCGCAAUGGUUGGAAGAUUGUCAUCAAGGGUAUCUUGUUUCGAUUGGUCUUGCUCGGCUUCGUCCAAAUGUCCGUUCUCUGCCUGUGGGAGUUGGUUGAAAGAGACUCGGCCGCCGAGGUCAUCCUGGCGCUCAUCGUGUUCAUCUCCAUGGCUGCAGCUCUGGGAUGGGCGUCAUUCAAAGUCAUCCAACUCGCCAAGAAGUCGGUCACCAUGCACAAGAACCCGGCUUACAUCCUCUAUUCCGAUCCUCAGUGCCUUAACAAAUGGGGAUUCCUCUAUGUUCAGUAUCGGGCAACUGCUUACUAUUUUGUUGUCGCUGUGCUGUGUUACAUCCUGGCCAAGGCUGUCUUCAUCGCAUUUGCACAAAAUUCACCAGUCGCUCAGGCUGUAGGUCUCGUGAUUGUCGAAGCCGUUGCUCUGAUAGGUGUGAGCGUCAUCCGGCCAUUCAUGGACAAGAAGACGAACGUUUUCAACAUUUCGAUCGCGUCAGUCAACUUCCUCAACGCCAUCUUCCUUCUUGUCUUCUCAGACGCAUUCGGCCAGCCAGAAAUGGUGUCAGGUGUCAUGGGUGUUAUUUUCGCCUUGUACAACGUCAUCUUCGCGGCUGUCCUGUUGAUCAUGGUUCUCGUCGCUUCAAUCUACGCCAUUGCUUCAAAGAAUCCUGAAGUCAGAUAUCAGCCAAUGAGGGACGACAGAGGUAGCUUCAUCAAGUCUCAAGCUGCUUUGACGACAGAGCUCGACGCACUGGGUGCAACCGCAAGAGGCGAAAAUGAACCCAAGACAGCCUACAAGAACUACGAUGACGACGCUUCCUUCUCUAGCGAGUCCUUGAAGCAUCAAUCGGACAUGUCGCAUCGACCCAUGUCACAAAACCCUGGAGUUUACGGUCAACAAGAGACUCCAAUGUAUCCAAGUGAAAACAACGGCCGACGUGGACCACCGCAGUCGUACGAGCAACGACAAAUGUACAACCAAGGAUACAAUCACAGCGGCGACCAUGGAUAUCCCAGCAGACCAACCACUGCGCCCAAUUACCAGUACAGUGAUAGCGUGAGCAACGUAAGCAGCGGUUAUGCACCGCCUCGAUCUGCUGGUGGCUAUCCUCCACAGCAAGGAUUCCGAGCACAAAACAAUGCCAGCCCUUGGCAACGAGGGGCCGGCUAUGAUUGACAACACUCGGGCCAAGCGCGAGAUGAAAGGCAAAGCCCAUCAAAUUACCCUCCAAGCCAGGAUCGCAGAGGACGAAUGGAGAUGAGCGAAAAGUCCGAAAGCGGAUAUUGGGAUCGAGACUGGUGGAGGCAUGAGUAUGCUAAGGACACUGAUCGAACUGCCAGUCCAUACCGAUCUUGAGCUCGUGGAAUAUGAAUCCUGACGCUGAAAUAUUGGGGACUUGAAGCAAAAAAGGAAAACAAUGGGCUUUGGUGAUGAGACAUGAAUCAGAAGAAUCCGAAAUCGAAAAAUUUUAUGCAUCUUUGCAUCCGCUAUGCAUGUGAUGGGAGGGGUUGGUCCAUGGUACGGAGCCUUUGAGACAUACCACCUUCGCAUUGUCAUGGUUAUGGGCGUAGAGAUAGAUCCAGCAUUGGCAAGGCUACAAAGACAGCAUACGGGCGGAGUAUUACCAGCGGCGUUGGUUGUUUUUUCGUUUGUGGAGUGGAAAUGGAAAUGGAUUGAAAUGUACAGUACGUACGUACCCUGACCGACUCUUGAGGUGUGACGGAGUCAGCUUUAAGAAUUGAGAAUUGAAGAAUUGAAAUUCGAAGAUCAAUA